GUUUGUUCUCAGAUACGCAGAGGUUCCCGUUCCGUUAAAUGUGUUUAUAUCCUAGACUUGUCUGACAAGAAUGCCUGGAUUUCCUGUUACGGCUGAUGAACCAUGUGAUUUUACAAGCACAGAUCAACAACCUAGACCUCUAGAUACUAGUGCGGAUUUAUCUGUAGCAGAGAAAGUCGCUGGGGAAUGGACUUUUACAGGUUUUUGCAAGCCUAUAGAGUUUUACAACGUUCUUCUUCAUCGUCCGCGAUUAUUCCUUCCAAGAUGUUUGAAGUACAGGAUAGAUGCUAGCCAAGAGAAAAGGAUACAAAUGACAGUUAUACUCUCAUGGAGCAAUGAAGAAACACAAAAUAUGUUUCCUUUGUACAUCAGUCUAGCAAGGCGUGACUUUAAUAAUGAAGAUGCUGAUUAUUCUGCUGUUUAUCUACUCGGUCAGAUAUUAACCUUUCGAGGUUCCUCCGGCAUUGAUGGGAUAAAUGAAAUCAAAGCAAAGUUUGUGCUCUCUGAAGUUAAUAAGUUAGCUGUGGAGGCUAGAGCUGGCUCACUUUUUCUCUUGUUUUUCACCACUGAGGGAAACUCAAAUUCAUCAUCUAGAGUCAAUGCAAGCCUAGGGCCUUCAGAUCAGACUUCUCAUGAACCAAUAGCCGAAAAUACCUGCUUAUAUGGGAAAAUUUCUUUUCAAUCAAUUUAUACGGCUUGGGAUAACUCUCCAAAUUUCCGUUGGGGACAACGAGCUGAGAUUAUGACUACUCUCAAUUUGCUUCCAUGUAUUUUAAAGUAUGAUUUUGAAAAUAAGGGCACAACCAUCGCAAUUCAAGAUCUCCGGAAUUCUGAGAUUGUGAGUACAUCAAAGAGUGUUCAUAUCAAAAUAUUUGCUGAAGAGUUUGGGGCCAUGGAAAAAUCUCUCUACCAUGCAAAUACUAUCAAUGAUGUACCAUCAUCAUCAACAUCAUCAUCAUCAUCAACACCGUCAUCACCAUCGUCAUCAUCGUCAUCUUCUCGCAUUAUUCGGUCGAAAGAAGGAAGAGUGGCAUUUAAUUACAGGUAUUACAAAAACAGAUUGCAGAGAAGGGAAGUCACUGAGAAUUUCUCCUGCCCAUACUGUUAUCUAAGAUGUGCAAGCUAUAAGGGUCUAAGAUGUCACUUGUUAGCAUCACAUGAUCUUCUCAACUUUGAAUUCUCGGCAUCGGAAGAUUGUCUGGCUGUUAAUGUAUCUAAGAAAUAUGAUAUCUGGAAAUUUGAGUUUAUUGCAGAUGGUAUUGAUCCAAGAUUGCAGACUUUUAUGCAUUGUGGCAAGCGAACCAUACAGGUUAGGCCAGAAGCUGCACGUUUUGAAGAGUUCCAGGAUGUGGACUCACCGGCUUUAGCUGAUAAUGCAGACCCACCCGUAUUAGCUACGGAUGUGGAUCUACCUAUCCUAGCUAAUGAUUUAGACUCUCCGAUCUUAGCCAUAACUAAUAAUGCAGACCCACCGGUCUUAGCUAUGGAUUUGGACCCACUGGUCCUAGCUAAUGAUGCUGACUCUCCAGUCUUGGCCUUAACUAAUAAUGCAGACCCACCAGUCUUAGCUAUGGAUGUGGACCCACCGGUCUUGGCUAAUGAUGCAGGCUCACCGGUCUUAGCUAAUGAUGUAGGCUCACCGGUCUUAGCUAAUGAUGUAGACUCGCCAGUCUUAGCUAUGGAUUCAGAUCCACCAAUCAUGGCUAUUGAUGAAGACCCACCGAUCUUGGCUAUGGAUGCAGAUCCACCGGUCUUUGAUUCUGGAACUACUUUAGAAGAUAUUGAAUUUUUGAAGAAGGCGGGCGGAAAUUCUGCAACUACAUCAGGGGUUGCAAACACAAAUAUUGUAUCUAAUCUCAAUCCAGAUUGUGUCCCACCAGUAUCUGAGCAUGAUAACGGGACUCCUUCAGCGCAACAGGCUGGCAAUACAAGGAAGUUACCAGUUGAGCAAAUUACCCCACAAAUGAUAGCCCAGUUGGAGAAGCGCGAAUUUUAUCAUUCUCACAAAGCCCAGCCAAUGUCACUUGAAGAAGUUCUAUCAGGUUAUGAUAGUGAGGCUGAAGUUGAUAAUGAAGUUUUAGACAUUGAAGACCGAUGGAGACUUAAUCUUCAUGAUAAUGCGACCAAAGAAGAGAAGCAGUUGAUGACCAUGUGGAACUCGUUUAUUCGGAGGCAACGUGUGCGGGUAGAUGCUCACGUUCGUUGGGCAUGCAAGGCUUUCACAAUUAAGCAUGGCUCUGAGAUUGUUAAAUCGCGCGAAUUAUCUAAGGAUUGGACAGCGUUCAGGCUCAAACUAUAUACUGAGGGUCUUAUAGAUGCAAAGAUCAUCAAUGAUUGCGGUACUGUUCUCAAACAUUACCGGGAAAAUCCUGAUAUCAGAUUCCCAGAACGAAGGAUACCGUCCAUUCUUUUGUCCCCUGUUAAAAAUAGAAGAAAAAGAUGACACAGAAAAGGAUUUCUUUACAAGGUGGAAAUUUCCCUCACCCUCUUGUGGAACCUUAUUGGAUUUAAAUUUAUACCCUUGUUGUACUAUAUGAUUAUCUGGAGUUGUACCAUGAGGUUUACCAAAGGAUAAAAGUUUCAUUCUACAUCUCUUUUUCUGCUGCAUGGAGCUGAAAGAAACUCCUAAGCAACCUGAGUAUUAUGUUAUUCAUCCAUUUCUGGUUGAAGUUUGAAAUUUCAAUGUUUUAUACUUUUUAUUGGACACCAAAGUUAUGUGGAACUGGAUUUCCAGUAAUUCAAAAAGGAGCUGCAUGAAGUACAAUUCCCCAACCAGAAGCUCAUAUUUAAUGGAUUGUGUUUACAAUUUUAGAAUAAAACCUUUUUGUGGCUGACAUUGACUGUUGUAUACAUCUUUGAGAAAAUCAUAGACAUACUCAUCCA